AACUACAACGCCUCGCGUGUCUCGAGCAACUCAUCGCCGACAAAGCCGGAAUAUAAAGCCACGACGGCUCCCUCUCUCCCCCUUGCCAAUUGCCCUCUGCCGUCUUCUCUCCCAACUCGAGAGGUAUGGACUACGCAUCGCAAGCUCUCUGGAUCGCCCUGCCCGCCCUCGCAGCAGCCCUUCUCGCAUCCGCAAUGGGUCUGUUCAACUGGAAGAAUCACAUGCCCGUCGAUGGCAAGACCGUCCUCUUGACCGGCGCCUCCGAGGGCAUGGGCCGCAGCGUCGCCCUCCGACUCGCCGCAAAGGGCGCAAACCUCAUCCUCAUCGCCCGCAAUGCCGCCCGCCUCCAAGAGCUCCUCGCCGAGUGCAAAUCCGCCGCCAAGAACCCGUCCACCCAGCGCUUCACCUACAUCACCGCCGACAUCACAAAGGAAGACUACGCCACACCCCUCCUCGCCGAGGCCGCGAGCUGGAACGCCGGCCGCAGCCCGGACGUCGUCUGGUGCAUCGCCGGCAUGGCCUCCACCGGCUUCUUCACCGAGGUGCCCUUCUCCGAGACCCGCAGGAACAUGGAUGUCAACUUUUACGGCACCGCAGAGAUGGCCCACGCCAUUCUGCGCGUCUGGCUCGCGCCCGAGGCUCCCGUCGAGGAUGAGCCGCGCCACCUCAUCAUGACCACCAGCGUCGUCGCCUUCUUCACCGUCGCGGGGUACGCACCCUACGCCGGUUCCAAAUGGGCCAUUCGCGGCCUGGCGGACACCCUCUCGCAAGAAGUUGAGCUCUACCCGCAAAACGUUAAGGUCCACGUCGUCUUCCCGGGCACCAUCACGAGCCCAGGCCUGGAGAAGGAGAACUUGACCAAGCCCCAGAUCACGCACCAGCUCGAGGAGCUCGACCCCGUCCAGUCGCCCGACGAGGUCGCUAGGGCGGCCAUCAAGGGACUCGAGCGCGGGGAUUACUUUGUGACGGUGGCGUGGCUGGGUAGCUUGAUGAGGUGGAGCGGUCUCGGCGGUUCCCUGCGUAAUAACUGGGUUGUCGACACGCUAGGCAUCUGCCUCUCGUCCCUGGUCUGGAUCUUUAUCUUGCCCGACAUGUUGAGACAGAUUAGGAAUCACGGCAAGAAACACGGUCAUCCUGCAACUUAUGCUAAGCCCCAGCCGAAGCCGAGUUCGUGAGGACUCGUGUUUGAGCUAAGAAAAUGGAAGAUAAUUGAUACCCCAUAAUGUUUAUUAUUCACAACUCCAGUAUUCCACUAUGAGAUUGCCAUAUCUAUCUGACACCCUACAAGACAGGGUCGGUGAUUGACCACAGACUACGAUACUGGAUGACUUGGCCCUAUGUCUAUACACCAGUCUCUUUCGGCCGUUGAUCAAUGUGUCCAUUGAAGAUCUGCGACAGGUGCGUCUCCGUCCUGGCAGUCAGCGGCUGCAAAGCCGCGAGCAAUGCCUGGUAU